CUUGUCACACAGUAGGUGUGCCUAUGCUAUAUAAAUGCUUCAUAUUUUCAUGCAAGGUUGUGGGAUUGCAAGAAAGGUAACUCAGGUGUGUCUGAUUAAAGCCAUUCAUACAUUUUAAGGUUAUAUCACAGAUAAUCUCCGAGAAGCCAUGAAAUUCAAUUACUUUGUAACAUUAUUUGUUGUAAUAGUAGCAUCGUAUCUACUGCUGGAGGUUGAAUGUGAAAAACAGAAGGAAGGAAAAAAAGAACGGGGCAAAGACAAAUCACAAAGUAAUGGCAACCAGAAAGAGGUAGACAAAGAAAAUAAAAACAAGUCUGGAACCAAAAUCUCUGAUGGGAAAGAACAAAAAUCAAAGAGAAAUAAAUCAGCACCAGAAGGUAAUUUUGCCACCAAAGAUAAGGCCCAGUGCACCUGGGCUGUUACUGGCAAUGAUAUUUUGAGUUUGAGUGUUAACUGUCAGCAGGGGAUCAAUACUAUUUGGUGUGAGUUUACUGGGAGGCCAACUUCCUGCUCUGAUUUCCAAGCAAAUCAGAAAAAUUACUGGAAACAAAUUGCCCGUGCCCUCAAGAAACAGAAUAAUAUCUGCAGAGAACAAUCAGCUGUAUUAAAGUCCAAAGUGUGUAAAAAAGGUCCUGGUGAAGCCCACCUGAAACUGACUAACUCUUUCUUGCAUGCCAAUAACCCUCUGGAGAAUGUAAAAGAAAAUAUUAAACAGGGCACAGAGUUUGUACCAGCAGUUGAUAGUAAUAAUGUAAACAACAACUGCACAGAUGACUCAGAAGGAAAUGUGGAUUACAAAACAUUAGCUGAGGAGUACUGUGGUGAGAGCUGGAGCUCUAUGUGCACAUUCUUUUUAUCCAUGUUUAAAAAUAAAAGCUGCUAACAAAGCUCAAGAACUGUGCAGGACCCAAAAGGAUGAUUAAUCCAAGCUCUUAUUUACCACUGGUCAACUACUAUUUAAAUUGGUGCACCUAUUUUAAUGGACAUCUCUACGUGUAAUGUAUUUAAUAAAUAUCUUUAUACUAAAACAUGUUAUCCACAGUUAAUAUUGUAUGAGACAAAAUUAUUAAAUAACUUUCUUUGUUAGAAGUGAAUAUUCUAUUUUUGUAGCAAUGCUGACAUCAUGUUAGUUACAAGCAUUACCAUGAAACUGUACAUAUAUUGUAAAGUAAAACUACACAUAGUGCAUUAGUUCCCUUGAACUACACUAUUUAAAAUGUGGAAUUAGUGCUAUGCACUUUUUGUAUGUUAUAAAGAAAAUUUUGGAGCUUCAGGUCACACUUUGUUUAUUUGUAAAAUAAAAGUACUUUAAGUAAGUAAA